AUGCAAUGUGGCCGACGCAUGUUUCUUGCGGCUUUGAUCCUGGCCUCCAAGUACCUGCAGGACCGAAACUAUUCGGCCCGCGCCUGGAGCAAGAUUUCCGGUCUCAACACCCUCGAGAUCAACCAGAACGAGUUGAUGUUCUUGCAGGCCGUUGACUGGAAACUCCACAUCACCGAGGCCACCUUCCAGCGAUGGACCGACAUCGUUUUGAAGUACACCCCCGGAGCCGGCGCGAUGGCUCUGGAAGGCUACUCUUGGCGCUCGGUGAUCCCGAGACUGACGCCCGACCUGGAAGAAGUGGACGUGGCUCCGAUGACCCCGCCGGCAAGCUUGGAGGGCUACGAUGUCCGCUCUAUGGCGGACUCGCCGUCUCCUCGUAGCUCGUCGACGGCGAGAGGAGCAUACCCGUCCUACCCCUCGGCCUACCCCGCGGGCGAACCCUGCGUCCUGCCCUCGUUGUCCGAGCGGAUCCCCGAGUCUCGGACGACUCAUCCCACGGCGGUGGACUCGUUCAACCCGUCCCUGCCCUCGAUUCCGCGGCCACCUAUGCUGCCGACCCCGCAGAUGACCCCCCAGUCGAGCAUGGCCACCACUCCUGCAGCGAGUGCUGGCUCCUACCCUCCCCACCGACGGUACAUCUGUUCCGCCAUGUCUCAGGUGCAGAACAUGUGCAUGGCGCGGUCGACUCUCGACCAGCGCCCCUCCUUGCCGCUCUGCCCCAAGACUAGCAACGGUUCAUUUGAUGGUUACCCGACCAUGGUCCGUCGGUCUUCUCUGGCUCGCUCGACCUCGUCUGCGUCCUCUCCGGAUUCGAUGGUUUCGGACGUUUCCACCCUGUCCUCGCAGUCUUCGCGGUCGUCCUCCAUGUCUAGUGCAUCGGGCGUUACCCUGCCCCGCCUGGCGGUGCAGGCCGCGCUUCGGUCUACGAACAAGGAAAACCGGAAGCCUCUGGCUAUUGCGUCACCCAUCGACGAGACGUCGCUGGGUGACCUCUACCACUCUUCCUCCCUGGACAAGUACGGCGGCCCGACCGCUCCCCUUUCCGAUCUGUCCAACUUUACGCUGGGCACUCCGGUUGACACCACUUCUGCGCACGAAGCGGCCCAGGGUCUCUGUGCACUCUCCGGCGGCAGCGCCGGAUCUCGCCAGCCUCAUCAGGGCCGCAAGCGCGGUCGCGCCGGGUCCGAGGAUUUCCCGCUUCAGAAUCAUGUUCGCCACCUGAUCCAUUCCAACGCGGUUCGCCACGGAACGGUCCUCCCUGAUGGGAAGAUGGCCGAUAUGUUUCUGAACUCGGGUCCGCGUCGUUCGCAGUCUUUGACGGCCACGCAAUUGAAGGCCCUCAACUCGUAUGCACCGCUCUCGGGACCCGUCGGUAUGAAACGGGCCUGCUGCGGCAGCGAAGCGAACAAGAUCGCGUUGAAUCCUACGAUGCGCGCCGAAUAUCUGGGCUAG